AACUUGACACGGUUAACAUGAGUUUACCCAUUACAAAACGGUCUUAUCAAUUCUAUUAAAUUACUUGUAAAUUUCUGUUUAUAAAUAUGGAUAAUGUUCCGGUAGCUACAGAUGAAAAUCCUACACAGCAAUCCAUUGCUUUGAGGCGGGAAUUACGCCGAAAGAAAAUAUUGGAAGCCUCUAAGUCACGACUCGACAAAUUGAAUGGCAGAGCUACAACGCUACACAACGAAAACCUCGACGAUGGACCAGCUAAUCCCCAAUAUUCUGAUCCUGAGGUUGAACCUGAUGUUCCAAUAAACCGUCCAUUUUUUCCGGAACAUCCUGUAUCCCAAAAAACCAGUGCUCCCAAUGCAUUUGUGAAGAGCAGAGUUCACAUUGUUUUGGCCGCUUGCGUCGGAUUUUGGUUAGCGCUUUACACAAAUAGCAGCGUUUUCUUGCCUGUCCUGCUUUUUGUUAUCUUGGAACUUGCAUUCUUGCAAUAUCAUAAAAGAGACAAUUUACCGCCCAGUGUGGGACCCAUGUUGCUUAUGUUUAUAAAUCCAAGCGUUACCAACAAAAUUAAGCAGUUCAGCAGUAUAUUCUUGAUCCUUCAGUCACUUUUGGGCGAUCUUGCGAUAACUGUCUGUGUUGUUUGCUCAGGCAGCAUGUUAUUAUUAAAUUUAAAUUCGGACAUUGUUACUGUAGUGAAAUAAAGAACAUAUUUGGGAA